UCUUCUCCUCUCACCGACUGUGACUCACCGCCACCUCGUUCCUUCCAAUGGACAUAGACAUGGACAUGCCGCUACCAGAAGAGCUCGAAUUACUUGAAGCCAACUCUCAUUUUUACGAAGAACCCUACCUAGACUCUCCCCCCCGUGAUCCCUGUCCUCCAAAAUCACCGCCCUCAGAAAACCUCGAAAUCGAAGGUCCAAAGCGCCCUCGAGAAUCCGUCGAAACUGAGCCCUCAGCCGAGGAAAACAAGAGAACCAAAACAAAUGAGAUCGAGGAGGAGGAAGAAGACUGGCUGCCGUACUCGGCGCCGCAGGAGACUAACGUUGCGGCCGCAGUUGAAAAGGAUGAGGAGGUAUAUUUGUCCAGAUACGCGUCGGCGAUCGACGGCGAUUUCUUGCCCGUCACGGCUCCGAGCGGUGGUGAAAGAGUUUAUGCGAAAAUUAGUAGAGCGCAGAGAGAUGAAGGAUUCAAGAAAUUAAAUCUCAAAGAACGAUCUAACGGCCUUAUUUUUGAACCAGUCAAUGUUCUAUUGCAAAGAGUGGAACAGCAGGCUUUUGCCAAGGCCUUGCAAGCAAGUUCUGAACAUCUGAGUGAUAUAACUCUUCCUGACACACCGAUGGUUCAUGAACAACUUUGGGUAGACAAAUAUGCUCCAAGUUCAUUCACUGAGCUUCUUAGUGAUGAACAGACAAAUCGUGAGGUCCUAUUGUGGUUAAAACAAUGGGAUUCCUGUGUUUUUGGAUCUGAAAUUAGGAGUACCUCAGAUGAGGUUUUGUCAGCUCUCAGACGACAUUCUACUCAACAUCAAAAAUCUUUUGAUUCUAAUUUUUCAAGAAAAAGUAGAGGACAUAGAUGGAGUAACGGAAGCUACAGACCCAUUAAUAACGUGGGUCAUGGGACCAAUAAUUUAAAAGGUAUGCAGGACUUGUGGAACAAAAAGUCAAGGGUCACUGGUCCACCAGAACAGAAGAUUCUUUUACUUUGUGGUCCCCCAGGGCUUGGAAAGACCACGCUAGCGCAUGUAGCUGCACAGCAUUGUGGAUACCGUGUUGUGGAGGUUAAUGCUAGCGAUGAUCGGUCAUCAUCAACAAUUGAAGCUAAAAUCCUUGAUGUGGUUCAGAUGAACUCUGUCAUGGCUGACGCGAGACCCAAAUGUUUGGUUAUUGAUGAAAUAGAUGGAGCUCUUGGUGAUGGGAAGGGUGCUGUGGAGGUUAUCUUGAAGAUGGUGUCUGCUGAAAAGAAGUCUGAUUCUGGGAAGGAAAAUAAUGCUAACAAAAAGGGACGUAAAAUUACAUCCCUAUCAAGACCUGUGAUUUGCAUAUGUAAUGAUCUCUAUGCACCUGCCUUAAGACCAUUGCGUCAGGUAGCAAAGGUUCAUAUAUUUGUCCAGCCAACAGUGAGUCGCAUAGUAAGCAGGCUCAAGUAUAUUUGUAGCAAGGAGGGAAUGAAAACAAGUUCCAUUGCUCUUACUGCACUAGCGGAGUUCACUGAAUGUGAUAUAAGGUCAUGCUUGAAUACCCUCCAGUUUCUCAACAAGAAGAAGGAAGCCCUCAAUGUGAUGGAGAUCAGUUCACAAGUGGUUGGCCGAAAGGAUAUCUCAAAAAGUGCUUUUGAUAUAUGGAAAGAGAUUUUUCAAAAAAGAAAAAUGAAGCAGGACAGAAAAUCUAAUAGCAGCUCUGGAAGUGGCUAUGGUGAAUUUGACUUUCUACACUCCCUCAUAUCCAACCGUGGUGAUUAUGAUGUAAUUUUGGAUGGGAUCCAUGAAAAUCUUUUGCAACUCCAGUAUCAUGAUCCUGUGAUGCAAAAGACAGUCAAAUGCUUAAAUUCUCUUGGCAUCUCUGAUCUGAUGCAACACUAUGUUAUACGGACACAGCAAAUGCCCCUUCAAGUUUAUCAGCCUUCUGUCGCAAUUACUUUGCAUCGGAUAGUUGCCCAAGUCCAAAAGCCAACUAUUGAGUGGCCAAAGUCAUAUCAAAGAUACCGGACAAUGCUAAUGGAGAAGGCAGAUAUUCUAAGGUCUUGGCACCAGAAAAUUCCACCGUACAUUUCAAGACAUUUAUCGACAAAGUCUUGUAUAGAGGACUUGAUUUCUCCCUUGUUGCAUAUCUUGUCACCACCAAACUUGAGACCGGUGGCGUUGCACUUAUUAUCAGAAACUGAGAAGAAUAGUUUGGCUCAAUUGGUUAAUGUGAUGGUGUCCUAUUCUAUAACCUAUAAGAACAUGAAGUCUGAUUCUCUGUCCAGUAACCUGGGACAUAAAGAAGUUUUAGAUGCCUCAGUGCUCUCUUUUGAACCCCCCAUCGGCGAGUUUAUUUCAUACAAGGACUACAGAUCAGAUCAUCAUGUACUUGCCUUAGCUAUGAAGCAGGUUUUAUUGCAUGAGGUCGAGAAGCAAAAGAUUUUGCAAGUAAGCACUGGAAAAUCUGUGCAUAGAAGUGAUAAAUGCAGCAAUGGAGACCAGGACUUCAUUGGGAAAGAAGCUAGUGGAGCAAAAUCUGCUAAAAUGAUCGGUGAGAAUGCAGGUGCAGGCACAAAGAACUACGAAAAUGUGAAGAAUAUAUCCAAUACAAGGCAAGGUAAUUCAAGUACCUCUACGAUUUCAUCAUCUUUGGUUUCUAGCAGAAGUGCCACUGCUGGGGCAAAGCAAAAAUCCACUGCAGAUACCAGGAAGCCAACUAGUGGUUUCAAUUUUUUUGAAAGGUUUAGAAAUCCAACCAGCAAAGGUUCUCAGGAUUCUGAAAUUGCUGCAGUGAAGGAAGUGACAUUGGAAAGAGAUUUGCGCCCUGUGUUAUAUAAAUUUAAUGAGGGUUUCACAAAUGCUGUCAAGAGACCGGUUCGAAUGCGUGAAUUUCUGCUAUGAUGAAUUUCCAUAUCAAGCAAUCUGUAACUGUAGAUGC